AUGGAUGAAGCUUCCGUUUUGCUUGACCAGGCCCGGGAGUCCGCUGUGGAGAAGGUGGCUUGCCCCAUUUGCUUCGAGGGCCUUAGCGAGUACCCAGACCAGGUGGGCGCGCUCACUCUGUACGGCAACCGUGUAGAGUCGGCGCUGUACCACUCGUCCUGCGUGCUGAACCCCGAUACGGGCCACCUCAUUUUCGAGUCGCAAACUGGAAGAGCUGUCAGCCCGCUGACGCGGCAGCAGGUGGACGGCUUCAAGUGCAUGCCCGGGCUCUCGGAGGGCCAGAGCUGGGCCAAGUUCCUGGACUGGAACUCCGCGGGCCACCUGGACCUGCAGAAGGUGUGUGCAGGGGUGGCCGCCUUGCUGCCGGUGGACGACGCCACAGCGCGGCGCUUCGUGGUGAAGGUUCUGCACAAGUCCGCCAACUGCGGAGACCACGCAGAGCUGCCGUUGCCGGAGGUGGUGGCCACGCUGCUCCCGGCCAUCAGAAGGCAGCUGCGGCGUUUGUUGGUGGCGCCCCGGCCAAGGGCCCCGGAGAUCUGCCGGAACUCCAGCAAGGAGCCGAGCGAUGGGGGGGGGCCUUUGGUGGCCUUUCGGCGCGAAGGCCAACCUUUUUUGGGGUGA